CAACACAAAACCUGUCAUGCCCAGAUGCAUCCAUGUAUACAUCCAAUACAAUAUGUCAGAAGUAAUGGACAUUUUCACCUAUGAUAUGAACGAAAAUACACUGCCAUACAUUGUUCGUUUUGCGUUUGAUUCAACUACUAUCAAAUUCACUCCAACUAUUUCUUUUUCGUUUAGUCAUAGCUCACACUGUCAAGUUGGUAUUUGUUAGGAGAUCUCAAAUCAUGGCAGUGACGAUGGGAUUAAAUAGCUGGGAAGUUAAGUAAUUUAUUUAAAAUACUUGUUUUAUUAUUUUCAUUUUUAACUUCGUCUUGUAGAAAGACGCCUUUUUUGUUUAUUUAUAAUAUCGUUAAUCUAAUUAUGUAUUAAUCCUUAUGUUGUUUGAUCUUUCUUUUCGGUUUUUGUGACGCGAUGUAUCAAACUAAGUGGGUUUACUGUUAAUUUGCUAUUAUCUAUCGCCGUGAUCUAACUUCCUCCAAAAUUUUUAAACAGUUUUGAAUUGACAGCCUAGUAAGGUGUCAUUUUAUUAUGUCUGACACUGAACCAGAAAAUUCUGAAAGUGUUUUAAGAGAUCUUCGAAAGCAAGCUCGACAACUAGAAAAUGAAAUAGAUAUAAAAUUAGUGUCUUUCAGUAAGUUGGGGACCAGUCAUGGGAAUUCAAGCUACAAAUCAGAAAGUAGUGACACAGUUCCUCUUCUCAGUGGAGAACAUAUGUUUGAAACAAUGGCCCUCGAAAUCGAACAACUUUUAUCAAAGUUGUCUAACAUCAAUGAGAAGAUGGGCGAAGUUUCAUCCGGUCAAGCUCCAACAAGUUCUGCAAUUUUACACACAAUGCAGCGUCACAAAGAAAUUCUUCAAGAUUACAAUCAAGAAUUCCGCAAGACUCAAGCCAAUUAUCGAGCAAGAAGAGAAAGAGAAGAUCUUUUGAAGAGUGUACGAAAAGAUAUUGACAAUUACAAAGGAUCUUCAGGACUUAAUAGAAGAAUGGAUUUGUAUUUGAAAGAGAAUGAACACAUUCGGAACUCUGAUCGACUGAUAGAUGAACAAAUAAGUAUCGCCGUGGAAACAAGAGACCAUCUGGUUUCUCAGAGACUUGCUUUUAAGAGAUUCCAGACAAAGAUUCACGAUAUCUCGAAUAGAUUUCCUGUUCUGAACAGCCUGAUACAACGGAUUAACUUCCGGAAGAGAAGAGACUCCAUAAUCUUAGGUCUUGUUAUUAGUAUUUGUACAAUACUUAUUUUAAUGUAUGCCUUCCAUUAGCACUUUCCAUUUUCAUUUCAAUAAUUUCUUCUUCGUAUAAUUUUUUGCAAUAAUUUUUGUUGUCUCAUAAUAUUCCAAAAUAGUGUAGAUAAUGUUGAUGUGGAAAAAAUGUUUUUGAAGUAAUUUCAUUUUCUGUAAAGUAUAUAUUUAUUUUGUGGAUUGUGACAUGAAGCAGCAAGGCCAAAGCAUGUUAUGUAAAGCAGUAAAAUAUUUUUACAGAAUAACAGAAUUGACCUUUUAUUUUUAUUUUUUUGGUGCUAUAAGUCAAUUUGCAGUUUUAUUUCUAGAUCUUUUUAUUUAUCACACAAAAGAAUCCUCAUUCUCUUGUACAUUGUGAAGUUUAAAGGCAUUGCUUUCAAACGGUUAAGUUAUUGUGUUAAAUACCUAUGUGAUCAUGUUAGAAUGUUUCUUCUAUCAAAAUAAAAAAAGGUAUCUACUUCACCAACAAUCCAAUUAACAAGAAAGAUAUUUCAUAAGAAUAUAGAAUGAGGCAGUUGCAAUAUCACAUUGCAUUUUCUAGCAAUUAUGAAUGAAACAUUUUGAUGACGUCCCUGGGUGUGAUGAUUUAUACAGCACUACUUGGUGCUGUUCUCUUGUGUUUACAUUUUAUUAACAAGUAGAAUGGUUUUGGCCUACAAAGAAAAAAAUACUUUUGAACUAUUGAGCAUAUCUGUUCUUAUACCUUUUGUGGUUGCUUUGCAGAAAUAUUAUUUCAAUUGUGUAUGUAUGAAUUGCAAUUGUUAUUGGAGAGGUACGAUAUAAGAAAAGGUGUAAUAUAAUUGUUGCAUAUGUAUGUGUUUGAACUAAGUUUCUUACACAGUUUUGUAGAAUAAGUUAGUUACUUGUUGGUAAUAUAACAAUUUUGUAAAUAUAUAAAAAUAAAUAUAUACAAAAAUGACCACCAA